GGAGGGGGGCGGGUUUGAGUGGCAUGACGUCGGACUAGGAAGGUUUCAGUUCAUGUUGGAGGGGCCCGGGCUGUCAGCUGCGAGUGACCCCAUUAUCACCUUGAUGACGUCAGUCAGUGCCAAAAUGACAACAGAGAAGAGUUUAGUGGCUGAGGCAGAAAACCCUCCAAAGGACCAAAAACCGGAAGGAAAGGAACAGGAGGAGGCUGGGCCUUGCAAAACAAAUUCUGAGGACACAAAUACUGAGGAGAAGCAGGACACUGAGCAAACGCAGGGUUCACCUUCUACCGCAUCUCCAAGGACCCGCAAAAGCAAGGAUAGAAAUUCUGAAGGAAAGGGCCUAUCUCGACUCUUCUCCUCUUUUCUGAAGAAGCAAAAGUCUCAGGUGACUGAAGAAGGAAAGGACAGUAAGCAGCCAGAGGAGAAGGCCGACGGAGAUCAGAAGGACGUGGAUGAAGGUUUAGGAGAACUAGAGGAUGAUGUUUUUCUGAAGGCCCCAAUCGCAGCUCCAGAACCAGAACUUAGAACUGAUCCAUCUUUGGAUCUCCAUUCCCUAAGCAGUGCAGAAACCCAGCCUGCUCAAGAAGACAGAAAAGACGAUCAAGAUCAAGACGUGGAUCUUGAGGAAAGGGAGUCAACGGCUAAAGGUAACAAGGAGCGAGAGUCUGACAAAGCUGAUGCAGAAGUAAAGAGCCCGCAGAAAGUGGCCAAGAAAUCACCCAACAUGCGCUGCAAGGUUUCUCUCCUUGAUGACACUCUGUACGAGUGUGAACUGGAGAAACAUGCCAAGGGACAGGACAUUUUUAAGAAGGUGUGCAGCCACUUGAACAUCAUGGAGGAAGACUACUUUGGCCUGGCCAUAUGGGAGUCUCCAACCACUAAGACGUGGAUGGACCCUGUCAAGGAUAUCAGGAAACAGGUGCAUGGUGCUCCAUGGGAGUUUACAUUCAAUGUGAAGUUUUACCCACCUGACCCUGCACAGCUUAUGGAAGAUAUUACAAGAUAUUACCUGUGCCUCCAGCUGCGACAAGAUAUUUUAAGUGGGCGUCUGCCAUGCUCCUUUGCCACUCUUGCUCUUUUGGGUUCUUACACAGUUCAGUCUGAGGUGGGAGACUAUGAUGAAGAUCUACAUGGCACAGAUUACGUCAGUGAGUUUAAACUGAGUCCAAAUCAGACCAAGGAUCUGGAGGCUAAAGUUGCUGAGUUGCACAAGUCUUAUAGAUCAAUGACUCCUGCCCAGGCUGACCUGGAGUUUCUGGAAAAUGCCAAAAAGCUGACAAUGUAUGGUUUGGAUAUUCACCAUGCUAAGGACUUGGAGGGUGUAGAUAUCAAACUUGGAGUUUGCUCUGGAGGACUCAUGGUCUUCAAGGACAACCUGAGGAUCAAUCGCUUCCCGUGGCCCAAAGUAUUAAAAAUCUCAUACAAAAGAAGUAGCUUUUUCAUUAAGAUACGUCCAGGAGAGCAAGAGCAGUAUGAGAGCACUAUAGGAUUUAAGCUGCCCAGUUACAGAGCUGCGAAAAAACUUUGGAAGGUCUGUGUGGAGCACCACACAUUUUUCAGGUUGACAUCUGCAGAGUCCAUUCCUAAACAACGAUUCCUCUCAUUGGGAUCCAAAUUCCGAUACAGUGGGCGCACACAGGCCCAGACUAGACACGCCAGCGCACUCAUAGAUAGACCUGCCCCACAGUUUGAACGCACUGCCAGUAAACGAGCCUCACAUAGCCUAGAUGGGGCAAAAAAAAAACAUGCCUCAUUUGAGCUAAGAACCCAAGAAGAUGAUGAUAAUGACGUGGAAGUGUUUGAGUUAGAGAAUCCAUUUUCAACUGUAUCAUCAACGGUGUCUCACAAAGAAGAGAUCACAUUCAAAAAUUCUGACCAGUCUGACCUCAAGAGGCCGGAAGAGCUAAAUGGCGUUGAGCAGCUCCAUAUAGUAGAUGUGGAAACUAAGCAGCCAGCUGCGGUGCCCACCCCUGAACGCAACCCUCGACCAGUGUCUGCACCUGUCAUCACUCCAGGCCAGGUAGUUGUACAGUCUACACCUUCCAGAGAAUCUGCUGCUCACAGAGAAGCAUCAUCGGCUAAAUUUGAAGAUAAGAAAACUCAGGAACGGACCUCAGAGCCGAGAAACUCCCCUAAGGACGUAAAGAGAUCCCCACAGGGUCCUCCCUCACCUACUGUUAAUGGAGAACAAGUGCAGCAGCCUUCUGAAAAAGAGGAGGACAUAAUUCGCAUGAGGAAGAAAAGAGCAAAGAAACUAGAGGGGGAAAACAUUUAUAUCAGACAUAGCAAUUUAAUGUUGGAGGAUUUAGAGGCUCGGACUCAGGAGGAGAUCAUUAAACACCAUGCCAGUAUCCGUGAGCUGAAGAAAAGUUUCAUGGAGUCAGUGCCUGCGCCACGACCCAGUGAGUGGGAUAAACGCCUUUCUACCCACUCUCCCUUCCGUACCCUCAGUUUCAAUGGACAGGUCCAAACUGGCACUGAUGGGGUUAAGCGUGCUCUUGUUUUACCCACUGAAAGAAAAGUGUGUGGGUCAGAGCCAUCUGGCCGUGAUAUCACAGAGAAUUGUUGUUCAGGGAUGUGCAAAGAUCCAGCCCAAAGUCCCAAAACAGAGCAACGAAGAACAGUCCCUCUGCGGGAAUUAAGAGCUCAGUUCUUCCUUUCAUAAAACGGGUAGCAGGGUUAAUUAGUAAUGUUACUUGGGACACUACACAUUUCUUGUUAAAGUCACCUUUAAAUAGUUUACACACUUGCACUUAACUGUAGUGUUAAAGAGCUCAUUACAGAAAUACUCUGCCUAUGAUGGUGUUCAUCUCAGUUCACUGCACUGUGAACAAUGCUCAACAACUCAUUGGGCUGUUGGUAUCUUGUGGAGUGGUUUCCUGCAGUGUAGGUGAAUAUCACAAAAGACCCCAAGUGUAAGUUACUUGCUAGGACAUCUUCUAUUGCCUUCACUUUAUUGUAAACCGUAUUUAUUUAACAGGGUUUAGCAAACAUCACGUGCAAAGUUAUAAGAGCAUUGCUUAGUAAGGAAACUAAACCCUCAUACAAUAAAGGUUAAACUAGAACAACUAUAUAGGCAAGUCCCAGCAGUAGGCUUUGUUAUCCCAUAUGUCUUUAACUUGAAUGAACAUGGUAAUGCUUCAACCUGCCAUAAGUAAAUACUGUAUCCACAAGCCACAUUCACUGCCAUUACGUGUAGGCCCAUAAGAGAAUUAGAUACUGCCAUUAACCCACCUAGUGAAAUCUAGCCCCUUAAAUAUAUCACUGCCUUUGAAGUGGUCAGUUGUCUUGACACACCCUUUAGAAUAUGAACAAUAGAGCCUAACCCUUUUAUUGAGAAAUCUUUUACCUUCUAACAAAAACUUUGCACAUACCUAAGAAAUUAAUUUCAUAUUCCAUUUGCCAUCUGUUUUUUGUUUUUUUCGGUUUCACUUGUCUCUUUCUCUUCUGCCGUCCCUCUGUGGGCAGACUCGGGGUGAGCCUCCAGGGCAGGGUGAAGACCUUGUAAAACCUUCUGGGAAAGACCAUUGGGUAAUCCUCCCGAAAGUCUCCAUCCCAAUCCCGGAGGAGAAGUCCAUGGAAAAGUGCCGCCUGUACCCGCUUCAACUUCCAAAGCCCCGUCUCCCGUUUCUGAUGUCAUUUUUUCUCUUUCUAGUAGUGACACUUUGGUGGCUUCUGUUCUUAUGAAUGAUAUUUUUGGGGGGAAUACAGUCAAGUUUAUCUUUUACUUGGCUGUUCAGUGCUCCCCUCUGUGAACUGUAUAAACACACCUUUACAUAUGAUGAAGUAGCUUAUGUGUGGCUGGUUCUCAUUACAUCUUGGUGUCAUGGUUCUGCUACGAAUACACUGCAUGCCUCAGAAUUUUUUAUUUGUUUAUUUGGUUCUCGCUAAAGGACCAAAAACCUAGGACACAUGUUGGCUAUACCAAACAGCUGUAACAAAACAUUUACAGACAUGUAAACAUUUCCACUAUUUAUCAGAACUGAAGAUGUCUGUGAUUAUAAUAUUAUACAGGAAAAUGGUUAACUGCACACAGCAUAUUUAUUGAGUAAUCCAGUAUAAGAACGAUACAGGUAGCUUUUGCUCAGCCUGUCAUGGCUAAUAUUAUAAAGCAAUAGUUAGUUCUCAGUUACACAGAAAUACUUUAUAGUGUGAAAUACCUCAGGUUUUGGUGCAGAAAAUUUAAACACGGAUUGCGAUUGUUCUAAUAUGUUUUCUUUAUCGUCUAUUUAAGGAAAUGGGAAUUGUAGAAUUUUUCAAACAAUCGGGUGAAGCCUUUAGGAGGUUGGGACACUGACUAACAAAAAUGUCUGCUGAGAAAUCUAAAACAUUUUUUUUUUAGCCUUUUUAUUUUUUAUUUCUAUUUUUGUCUUCAGUCAAGAUACCUGGUAGAUGAGCCAUGACUUGAAUCAAGACUUGAAUUUUGUUCCUUGACGUAGUAUCUACACAGCAGCUAUCUGGAUCAGUGUGUUUCUUAGCAACAGCUUUGAAGGCCAUACCUGGGCCCUGCUGGACUAAAAAUUGGGGGGGGGGCUAUCCUGGAAGGGGCACUGAGCUCUACAUUGUGGCUCUUUACAGACCUUUGGGCACUGUUAGUUAACCACAGGGCAUUCUCCAGGUACAGAGCCAUGUCUUUGGUGUGACCCAGAAAAAUACCUUGCAGUUGUUCUCAUUGGAUGGCAUUUUCUGCCCCCACCAUUUUAACAUGGUAACAUUAACGGUGAAAAAACUGAACCAUGACACUGUGCUUGGUGAAGUGUUGUUUGAAAAAAA